CGCAGGUGGAGAAGCGGAAGGGUUUGCGCAGGCGCAGGAGCUAGGUGGCGCGUGUCGAAAAGUUACGCGCAGGCGCGGCAGACCUGGAAGGUCAAACGGGUGUCGUUUUCCAGGUCGGCCAUGGCUGAGGCGUCACGGUGGCACCGAGGCGGGGCUCCGAAACCUAAGCUGCAUUACAGAAAGGAAGUAGAAAUUAGAACCACACUUCAGGAGUUGUCACUCUACUUUAUUUUUUUAAUAAACCUAUGUAUAUUGACUUUUGGCAUGGUAAACCCACAUAUGUAUUACUUAAACAAAGUUAUGUCAUCUCUAUUUUUGGACACUUCUGUGCCUGGUGAUGAAAGAACCAACUUUAAGUCUAUUCACAGCAUAACUGAUUUUUGGAAGUUUAUGGAAGGACCCCUUUUGGAAGGUCUGUACUGGGAUGCAUGGUACACGAACAAGACUUUGUAUAAUUUAAAGAACAGCAGUCGCAUCUACUAUGAGAACAUACUUUUAGGAGUGCCCAGAGUCCGUCAACUAAGAGUCCGCAACAACACAUGCAAGGUCUACUCAUCCUUUCAGUCUUUGAUGAGUGAAUGUUAUGACAAAUACACUUCUAGCAAUGAAGACACGUCUGAUUUUGGCCUUAAGCAGGAAACUGAAUGGAAGUACUCUACUCCUAAUAGUAGCUCCCCUUGGCACUGGGGAUUUGUUGGUGUUUACCGAAAUGGGGGAUUUAUUUUCACUUUACCAAAAUCAAAAUCUGACACAAAAAACAAGUUCAUUAACCUUCGACUCAACAGCUGGAUCACAAGAGGGACCAGAGUUAUUUUCAUUGAUUUUUCGUUAUACAAUGCUAACGUAAACCUGUUUUGCAUCAUCAGAUUGGUGGCAGAAUUCCCUGCAACUGGAGGAAUCAUUACUUCAUGGCAGUUUUACUCUGUGAAGCUCCUCAGAUAUGUUAGCCACUAUGAUUAUAUUAUUGCUUCCUGUGAAAUCACAUUUUGUAUUUUUCUUAUUGUCUUCACAACACAAGAAGCCCAAAAAAUAAGAGAAUUUAAGUCUGCCUAUUUCAAAAGUGUUUGGAACUGGCUAGAAUUACUACUUUUGGUGUUGUGUUUUGUGGCCGUUUCCUUCAACAUAUACUGUAAUAUACAAAUUUUUCUCUUACUUGAAGACCUGUUAAAAAACACUGAAAAAUAUUCAGACUUCUAUUUUCUUGCAUACUGGUACAUUUAUUACAACAAUAUAAUUGCUAUUACCAUCUUUUUUGCAUGGAUAAAGAUAUUCAAAUUCAUAAGCUUUAAUAAGACAAUGUCUCAGCUGUCAACAACCUUGUCCCGCUGUCUCAAAGACAUAGUAGGAUUUGCCAUCAUGUUUUUUAUAAUAUUCUUUGCUUAUGCUCAGUUAGGAUUUCUUGUUUUUGGAUCACAAGUUGACGACUUUUCCACUUUUCAAAAUGCCAUAUUUGCACAAUUCCGAAUUGUUCUUGGAGAUUUUAAUUUUGCUGGUAUUCAGCAAGCCAAUCGUAUCUUGGGGCCCAUUUACUUCAUCACUUUCAUCUUUUUUGUGUUCUUUGUCCUGCUGAACAUGUUCUUGGCAAUUAUUAAUGAUACCUAUUCUGAAGUGAAAGCUGAUUAUUCAAUAGGCAGAAGGCCAGAUUUUGAACUUGGUGAAAUGAUUAAAAAGAGUUACAACAAUGCUCUUGAAAAACUUAGACUAAAGAAACCUCAAAAGGAUGAAGACGAUAAAGGUAUGAAAGGCGAUUUGGCUGAGCAAGCCAGAAGAGAAGGCUUUGAUGAAAAUGAGAUUCAAAGUGCAGAGCAGAUGAAAAAGUGGAAAGAGAGGCUUGAGAAAAAGUAUUAUUCUUCAGAAAUUCAAGAUGACUACCAGCCUGUCACGCAACAAGAAUUUCGAGAACUCUUUUUAUAUGCCGUGGAGCUGGAGAAAGAAUUACACUACGUCAGUUUAAAACUAAACCGAGUGAUGAGAAGGAUUUCAGCUCUACAAAAUUAAGACAAGUGCAGUCAUUCUGUAAGAAAAAGGCAACCGAAGAAUUCAAUGUGAAGAUGUUCCUCUCAAUUUUCUUCAGUAAUUAAAAAAAUAAUAAUAAAAGCAAAGUUGGUAACAACAAAA